UUAUGUUACUCAGUCAUGCGUUGAGAAGGUGAGUUGAACAUGGCGGAGGCGCUACACUUUCGGAGCGAAGGCAAAUUAGCAAUACGUCUCGGCUUCAUUAAAAAAAUGAAUAACUUAAAUUGAUUGCAAGACUAGUGUUUAACCAAAAAAAAAAAUGAAUUCCGUUUCCUGUCUUUCGUUUUGUAUAGCAGCAGUUCUUCUCCUGUGUUCGUUAUACAUCGAAGGAAAACCAUCAUCAAUUAAAGCAAAAAAAAUGAAACCUUUUGAGCUACGAAAAUUUAAAACUUUUAAAAAGAUUUCGAUGAAACCAUUUCCAGUAUUACAAACACGUUCAUCAAGUGGCUCUCACCAGAAUCAUAGCUCAUUAAAUAAAUUGGACAACCACAAGCCUUCUAAUGACAGUUUGGUUACAAUAAACCAUUCUAUUUUAAAUAAAACUACUUUGAAACACGCCAAUAAAGAGAAAGCUAAACAAAAUAUUGAAGUAAAAAAUGACGAAAGUAAUGUUGAAAGUGGUUCAGGAGAUGAAAGUGGAGAUAAUGACGUGGAAAAUGAAAAUGAAAAUAUAAAAACAACUGCAAAAAAUUUAAUUGAAAAUUAUUCAGACGAUCAUAAAAAUGUAUUUUUAGACAACUUUUAUAAAGCGGUGGAAAAUUCGAAGAUAAAAGGAAAAAAUGAAAUAACAAGCCACAUAAUCGAAACAAACUUAGGCGUUUUACAACCAAGAGCAUUACCAACCACAUACAAUACCAAUCUGACCAUUGAAAAUUCUGUACAUAGCUAUGCAACAUUCAAAUCCAACAUUCAUCUAAAGCCAAGUAGUUCAAUCCAACAACGUGGUUUACUAAGUGAUGCAUUAAAAAAUGCUAAUUUUUCAAUACAAAAUUCUGUUCAUACUUACAUGGUAAAAAAAUCAAACUCAAAACCAAAUAAAAAAGAAAAGUUUGUACCCCUCGAUCCUGUUGAUGUUGUUGGUGUUAAAAGAGAUAACGAUCCAAUUGAGAAAAGAGAAAAUUAUCCAAUAGAGAAAGAAAGAAAUUUCAUGUUAAAAGGAAAAAAUCCAAGUGAUGUGGCAGCUGAAAUUGAAAUGAACGAUAAAGCUCUUAUUCCGUUAUUAUCAUCCGCAUCUCCUAAAGAAUUGCGAUUAGAUUCUGAAACACCAAAUGAGGAAACACAAGACCAUAGAUCAAGAGGAAAAUAUGGGUUGCCUUUUGAAGGAGGUCACGAAUCAAACUAUGGAAAACGAGAUGAUUCCCGUCAUCAUGAUGGUAACCAUGAAGAUCAUGAAAUUGUCGAAGACAACGCUAAUGAAGGUAGUCAUUAUAUCAGAGAAGAUAGUCAGCAACAGAGAAAAGAAGGACAUUACUACCCUGAUAGCGAUGAAGAAUACCGUAAAAAAGAUUCAAAAGAAAGUUUUUAUGAUAACCCUCAUACAAGAGAUAAAGGAGAUGCGCAUGAUUACCAAGAAUCUGUUAGUAAUAAUAGAGAUAAAUACAAUAGUAAUCAAGAAGAAGAACGUAUUCAAAAUGAUAUGUCCUACCAUCGGGAAAACAAUGAUCACGAAGAUGAUGAUCGUGAUCACCAAAAAAAAUUUGACGACGACAGUUACAAUGAAAGAAAACGAGACCACGAUUAUCGCGAUAAUGAUUACAAAGAAAAAGAUUAUCACGAUAUUUCUGAUAAAUCUUUUCAUAACAAAAAGGCCAAAAAUAAUUAUUACGAAGAUAAGUGCGAUGACAAAGAAAAAAGGAAUAACAUAUGUAGAAACAGCGGCAACGACGCAAUAGGCGUACCAAUGACAGCACAAGACUCAGCUAUGACAUCACUAGACGAACAAGUAUUACAGUUCCAACGUGACUCAUUAUACUCAAUAAACUCAGACAUUUCAGAGAGACCUGCAACUAUAGGAUCGCAUCAUGAUAUUGUUCAAAUAGGUCCUGAUCCAAAUUUAAGCGAAGCCAAACUUGUAAACAAUGAUGCUCGUGAUUUAAAAGAUGAUCGUUUGAUUGGAAAACAAAGUCAUAAAUAUGAUGAUAUUGUAGCACCUACUUUGUCCUUAUUAGCAAACCAAAAUAAUAAUUUUAAUGAAGUUGAUGACGUUGUCCAUAGUCCUGCAGGCUCUAUAAAUUCACUCAAUGAUAUUUCAGGAAUGAAAACUCCAACUUUUAACAGAAAAGAUCUGUCUAUAGAAGAAGAAAAGCAAAAAGUUUCUUCUAAUAACGAUUUUUAUCAAGAUGGAGUCUCUGCUUUUUCAGAAAUCAAGAGUAAAGCAAGCAACUCAGAUGAUCUGCUUAAUGUUGGUAACAAUGAUAAAUCGUUUUUCAAUAAGCGAGUAUCAUCUGAUUUUCACCAACCAUCUUUUGAUAGUAAGGAUAACACUCUUGGAUCUCGGCGAUCAACCAAAACUAAUAAAGAUGAUUACUAUAAAGAAGAUUUCGGACAAAAUUUCGGACAACAAAAUAACGUUGAAGAAAUAUACCCAUUCAACCAAAUGAAUAACAGAGGAGAGCAAAGCUUUCAUAAUCAUUUGGAUGUAAACAACUUUAGAGAAAACAAUGAAAAGAAAAAUUGGUAUGAUGGAGAACCACAUAAUCAUCUUAACACAAAAAAACUAUUAAAAAACUUUAGUCCCAAAAAUCAUUUACACCCAGAUGUCACUUCUUAUGAUUCCGCCCCUUAUCCGCCUUCAAAGCAUUAUUCUCAAAUGGUUGAUAAACCUCCAACUGCAGGUGACCAAUAUCAUCCUUUGAGCAAAUCAACGCAUUUGACAGCAACAUUACAAAACUAUGGAAAAGGUGGUCAAACACUUAGACAGAGAAUGAGUAACGGUCAAGAAAUUGAACUGAGUAACAGAGACUAUGCUGACUAUUACCACGAGCAUUUAGGUGAAUAUCUCAAACAAGCUAACUACGAUUACAAAAUUUUAGGGUUACAAAUGAGCGACUUUGGUCUAGAACAGCUUCUUUCACGAAGAAAAUUUCAAAAUAUCAAUAACCAAACUUUGCUAACAAAAGUAGAUGUACUUCAAAAGUUACAUGACAACUCUUCAAGUACAUUGAUAAAUGACGUCGACAAUACAACGGUUUUAUCGGAUGUUGAUAACGAUACUGUUUUAGCGCCUGAAAUAAAAAAUGAUUUAACAAAAUUUAACAACGACUUAGUUAACGUUUUUAAUCAAACCGAACAUCUUUUUAAUGAAGGGAGUCGUAACAAAACCGUAAAUAACGUUUUAAAUAUUAAACUUGAAAACGUAAAUUUAAAACAAAAAAACGAAACUUCUAACAUUAAUUCUACUAUGACAGAUUUUCACAAAAAAGAAAAGCACGGAGUUCGAAAAGCUACUAUACCAAAAAAACGUAAAUAUUUAUUUUAGAACUAUAAUUAGCUGUUGUAACUGAAUCUUCGGAGUUUUUUUAAAACUUCUGUAAAUUGCUCUUCGUUGACAGAAAAGUAGUUAAUUUCAAAUAAGAGUUGUUCAGCGAACCAGAGAGAAAACUAAUUAUGUUGUUGGCUAUGUUACUCUUAAAAAUUUCAAAAUAUAGUUUAACUGUGAGAUAAAAAGUGAAUGGACAAAAAACAGCUUUAAGAUUUAAGAUGUUGUACAUGGUGGUGUUUUUCGUUUUGACUGAUUCAAUCAAAUCAAAAAGAGUUCAAACUGAUUUUGCCCAUCAAAUGAUACCUUAUAACGCAAUUGAAAUAAACUAACACGGAUUAAUUUAUUAUAAAUAUGCACUGCUAAUUAAUUAAUGACAAACAUUUAUACUAAUUAACAACGAAACACGUCAAUGCAUGUAAAAUAUUAACAGAUAAACUUUACUAAUAAUUGAUUUUUACUAAUA